UGUGUGUUUGUUUUGUUGGAGCCACUCUGACAUCUCUGAUGCUGUUUUUUUCCCCUAUUUGAUUGCAUUUAGCCAGCACUUAUUAUCGGCAAAAUGUUAACGGCUGAGGGCUUUACGCAGUUUCCGCUCCAAAUGUGGGAGAAGGUGCUGUCGAAGGUAAAGAAAGCGGUUGUUUUUAUGGAUGACAGGUGUGCAGAGGCUCUGCACUGGGUCGGAGGGGCUGCUGCGUUACUCGAGGCUGGAGCAAGAAAUGUCAAGCAGUUUUCCAGUUUCGAAGCCUGCAGCGCGAAUGAGCCUAAAGCUGUUUUCGUGGUGAGCACUUUGUUGAAGGGCAGGACAGUGGAUAUAAUUAAAGACAUCAUAUCCCUCAGUCACUUCCAGUACUGUGUUGUCUUGACCAGUGUCGCCCACUCUGUUCACCUGCUCGCCAAUAAUGUCACGGCAGAAAUGGAAGGAAAUCCUGUGUUUGAGCAGUUUGAAGAAAAGCUCUGUGAAUGGAUGGGGAACAUGAACUACACCGCAGAAGUCAUGCAUGCUCCUGUGAUUUUCUCCCCUGUUUCGCAGCAGUUGAUGAUCACGCCAACAUUUGCACACCUGUUUCCCCUGAUCACACCAGAUCUGGAGAAAAUAAAUGCAAAACGUCCAGAGAAGAAAAGAUUUGUGAGCCUGAAUGAUGUAGACAUACACUCUCUUCCUGUUGAACUGCAAAUUGAAGUCAAAUCCUUGGUUUCGGCAUUGAAUUCAAUCUUUGAGACCACAGGUACGAGGGAAGAGAGCUUUGCCGUGGGUCCAAUGAGCCGCAUCAUAGCAGGGGAACUGGCCAGUCUUCCUCAAGCCAGAACCCGGAGGAAGACUGCUCCUAAUAAAGCCUCAAUCAUCUUUGUGGACCGAACAAUGGAUCUUACAGGAGCUGUUGGCCAUCACGGUGACAACCUGGUUGAGAAGAUUCUGACUGUACUACAACCCUUACCUGGACAUGUGACUGAUGUACAGGUGGACAUGCUGGAGCUUACAAGUCUACAGCGAACCCCUCAUUCCCCCACCAUCCUGGCUCCUGGCUGUCUUGCACAAACUGAAUCAUCUGCAGCGAGGACCAUGUGGGAGGCCAUGCUGACCAGUAAACAUAAAGAGGCGGUGAUGGAGGUCCGUCGGCACCUGGUGGAGGCAGCCAGCAAGGAGAAGCUGCCAAUCAAGAUGAGCAUGGGCCGUGUGACCCCCGAGCAGCUGUGCUCCUACAUUAAGUUAUUCCGGAGCAGUUGGGAGUCCCUGGAAAGUCACUGCGGGGUGCUCCAGCUCGGCCUGGCCACGGCCCAGGCGCUCCGACACCCCUGCCUUCCCCGCUGGGACGCCUGCCUGGCCUUCGAGAGGCUGCUGCUGCAGGCUCUCGGGGACUCUGAUUUCCCCGCCGUGUUGAGGCAGCUGCUGCCUUUGAUGAAGCCCCGUGGGAGCGAGGACGGCUCAUCCCUGGGGUCAAGGUCCGGGGAGGAAGAGUGUGGGCCCGAUGAGCUGAUCCUCCUGCUGAUCUAUCUCUACUCCCUCGCUAAUGAAGCAAAGCACACGGGCCAGGACUCUGAGGAGGAAGAGGAGGAGCUGGAGAAGCUGGAGAGGGAGCUGAUAGGAGCCCUCACCCUGGUCAUAACACGGGAGACGGAGCUCAGCCCGCUGCUGCAGAAACUCACCGGUUGUACCGUCUCCGGUGGGAUGAGCACAGAACGGGUCCAUUCUGCAAUGGAGGGGAUGUUCAAGACGCUCAGAGGCCUGAGCCGCACCAGAGACCAGCUCAAGCAGCUGCGCUCCGUCUACACCGCCAGUGAUGGAGUCCAUCAGGCCACGUAUCGGCCGUUCCUGCGACAGAUCCUGGAGGAAGUCUUCAGCCCAGACCGACCUGAAUGCCCCGACAUCGAGCACAUGUCUGGAGGGCUCACAGACCUGUUGAAGACCGGCUUCAGCAUGUUCAUGAAGGUGAGCCGUCCACACCCAAGCGACAACAAUCUGCUUUUCCUGUUUAUGGUUGGUGGAGUCACACCCUCAGAGCUUCGUCUCAUCAGAGAGACUGUUACCGCUCACAAACCAGGAGCUCAGGUGCUGGUUCUCUCGACCCGGUUACUCAGACCAACAGAUAUCCCUGAGCUUCUCUUCAGCACCUCCAGGCUGGCGCCUGAUAUCGGCAUCUAAAUUCCUACCAUGAAGGAAAAGCACAGACGUGAACACACGGAUGCACAUGUGCACCAUAAAUGCCUGAACAGGUGCGAGUUGAGCCAAAGAAAUUAGAUUUCUAUGUUUAAAAGCUGCAGGAAAAAAUUGAGGAAAUGAUUUCCAACUGAAUCAACAUUCCAGGCUCGUAAUUCUACGAAGGUGUAGACUUCUAGCUGUGUUUUUCAUGAACCACAUCCAUACAAUACUCAGUUCCAAUAAAGCUCCUCAC